UCGACAGAGGGUGUACAAUCUUCCUGUUGUGAUUAAAGUUUAGGUUGGAGUUAGUUUUUAGUACAAUUUAUUUAGGGUAUUAAUAUGUCUCACCAAACUGGUAUUAAUUCUAGUGAAGAACUAAGAACUUUUCUGGGAAAAUGCAAAGAUGGAAGAAUCAGAGUAUUCAAGGUUGGAAUUGAGGAAGAACAAAUGACUCUGCAAGGUUUUAAGGAACCCAGAGGAUCUUGGGAAGAAGAUUAUGAGUCCUUUGUAUGCCAAUUUAUUGAGGAAAAGCAGCCAUGUUAUCUGUUCUACAGACUGGACAGCCAAUCAGAUACAGGAUGUGACUGGGUGCUCAUUAGCUGGUCUCCUGACAACUCUCCG